UCAAGAGAGAGAAGCAACAACUUUACUCUGAGAACCCAGCCAGCUGAACCAACACUCGAGGCAGAAUGAAAUCCUUCCUCCUCGCCAUCACUGCCGUGCUCAUCCUCCUCUGCUCAGGAGUGCCAAUCCCUGAGGAUGCUCUGAGAACCUCAGUUGUGAGGCUGAAUGAAAUCACCGAGAUCACCAGCCUGUGUGCUAUCACCGGAAGAAGAGUGACAAAUACCUAUCGCACAGGAAAACUGUCCUACAAUGUGGAUUUAACAUUCACCGUGAAAGAAACCAUCUGCUCCAAGAAUUCCGGAAAGGAAUUUGACGACCCCAGCUGCUAUUUCCGCCCCAAAAUGAUUGCGGGUGAAGGCUUUUGCAAAAGCCGUGUGGAAUAUUUUGCUGAUAAAGUGGCUGACGUUGAUGUGGAGUGCGACGGUCUGAAGACCAUUGACAGCGAGAGUGACUCAAUAGAGUCAAGUGAAACCAGUAUUGAGGACAUAACUAAAUCGAGAGAGACUUCAUUUGAGGAAGCAUCAAACGUGAAAAGCAAAUCAGAAGAGUCUUCACUGGAGGAGCCUUCAAAUGAUGAAUCCAGAUCAAAAGAGACAUCACUGGAAGAGAUCACAGAUGUACAAAGCAAAUCAGAAGAUACAUCACUGGAAGAAACAUUAAAUGUCAAAACCAGAUCGGUGGAGACAUCAUUGGAGGAGCCAUCAGAUGUGACAAGCUACUCAGAAGAGGCAGAACUUCAGGAAUCUUCAAAUGUGAAUAGUCAUUCAACAGAAUUAUCAUAUGAAGAAUCUUCAAAUGAGUAUGAGGAUUCCAGGGCCGAACAUUGAUGAUGAAACAAACAUCCGAAAAUUCAAGCUCGGAAUGAACACAAUAAAAAAAUUUGUUCCAGAUUCAAGAAGAUGCUGUCAAUUGUUCAUAUAUAAGAGUAGGGGCCUGGGGCUCCUGACUGUACAUUUCAUUUAACUGGGAAUAUCUAUAGAUUGUAAAUGUUCUGUAUAUUGGUAUGUAUUGUUAAUAUGUUUUGUUUUGUAUGCUGUGGAUCAUAUUAAAAUUGUAAAAGAUA